AUGAAUACGGGAACACUCUCCGCUCCUGACUAUAACUCCUCAUUGGCGAAGGUCUACAGUGUCCUUCAGGAAGCCAGUCUCACAGACAUCUGGAAACUAGAGUCUUUCACCACCUCUCCCUACCCUGAACUCGUCUGCUAUCACGACUGUCAGAUCUCAUCUGUCCCGGCACGUCUCGAGUACCGCACUACCUACAACGAAGCUUUUGCCGUACCAACAUUCUUAUUUCGGGGCUCCCUAGAUGACGGUAGUCAGGUACCGCUCUCUUAUUUUUGGCAAAGCUUCUCCAAAGCAUCUGAUCACUCUCAAAGCGAUCUCUGGUCCGUCAUUAGCCAAACCGAGCAUAAAGCCACAGGAGUUCCCUACUUCUUUCUCCACCCCUGCAAAACUCGGACGUUAAUGCUUGACAUCAACCCACCAACUGCCACAUCUUAUCUUAUCUUCUGGCUCUCCUUCGUUGCUCGAUAUUUCGAUAUCUUUAUCCCGCCAUCAAUCACUUUUAUUUAG